AUGGGUGCUUGCCAGUCGUGUUGUGGUGGCAAGUCCCGUGAUGGACUGUACGAGCCCGUUUUGGCCGACAGCGAAAGAGAGGCCGUUGCGGAUCUGCUUCAAUACCUUGAGAAUCGUGGGGAAACCGAUUUCUUUUCAGGCGAGCCACUCCGCGCCCUCAGCACACUCGUAUUUUCCGAGAAUAUCGACCUCCAACGUAGCGCGAGCCUGACAUUUGCUGAGAUCACUGAGCGAGAUGUACGGGAGGUUGACCGAGAUACCCUCGAGCCUAUUCUGUUCCUCUUGCAGAGCCCCGAUAUUGAGGUGCAGCGAGCCGCCAGUGCCGCUUUAGGGAACUUGGCCGUUAACACUGAGAACAAAGUCCUUAUCGUCCAACUUGGCGGUCUAACACCCCUAAUUCGACAAAUGCUCUCCCACAACGUUGAGGUUCAAUGUAACGCGGUUGGAUGCAUAACCAACCUAGCAACGCACGAAGACAACAAAGCAAAGAUUGCACGAUCCGGAGCACUUGGUCCACUGACGAGACUCGCCAAAUCCCGAGACAUGAGGGUUCAACGCAAUGCUACUGGUGCUCUACUGAACAUGACCCAUUCAGAUGAAAACCGCAUACAACUUGUUAAUGCUGGCGCUAUCCCCGUACUCGUACAACUCCUCUCAUCUCCUGACGUCGACGUGCAGUAUUACUGCACAACAGCUCUCAGCAAUAUUGCGGUAGACGCUAAUAACAGAAGGAAACUGGCCGCCUCGGAACCGAAACUGGUCACAUCUUUAGUCAACCUGAUGGACUCUUCGUCGCCGAAGGUGCAAUGUCAAGCUGCGCUAGCGUUGCGUAAUCUGGCGUCGGAUGAGAAGUAUCAGCUCGAUAUUGUUCGAGCUCAAGGUCUCAACGCUCUUCUGCGCUUGCUACAGUCAUCAUACCUUCCGCUGAUUCUUUCGGCUGUUGCAUGCAUCCGAAAUAUCUCUAUCCACCCUAUGAAUGAGUCGCCCAUUAUCGAGGCAGGGUUUUUGAAGCCCUUGGUCGACCUCCUUGGGUCAACCGAACACGAAGAAAUUCAAUGCCAUGCGAUUUCAACCCUGCGAAAUCUAGCCGCUAGCUCUGACCGGAACAAGGCCCUAGUUCUCGAAGCCGGUGCCGUUCAGAAGUGCAAGCAGCUUGUUUUAGACGUUCCUAUAACCGUCCAAUCCGAAAUGACCGCAGCCAUAGCCGUCUUGGCAUUAUCUGACGAUCUCAAAGCUCAUCUCUUGAAUCUGGGUGUAUUCGAUGUAUUAAUUCCCCUAACACACUCCCCAAGUAUUGAGGUUCAAGGGAAUAGUGCUGCUGCCCUAGGCAAUCUAUCAUCCAAAGUUGGAAAUUAUGCAAUCUUCAUACAAGAUUGGUCAGAACCCAACGGUGGGAUUCACGGCUAUCUUAGCCGGUUCCUUGCCAGCGGUGAUGCUACCUUCCAGCAUAUCGCGAUAUGGACACUACUUCAGCUGCUCGAAUCCGAGGAUAAGACCCUAAUCAGCCUCAUUGGCAAGUCUGAAGACGUUGUUGAUAUGAUUAAGCAAAUCUCAAACCGACAAAUCGAGUCCGACAACGAGUUUGAAGAAGAGGACGAGGGCGAAGUUAUCAACCUUGCCCAACGUUGCCUCGAACUUCUAGGCCAGAGCAUGUCGAAGGCCCACAUCGAAGGAUAG